UCGCUGUGGCCCUGGGUUUCCUCUCUGCGGAGGGAUGGCGCUCGUCGUCCCUGUGCUCCGGCUGGCCGUCUGCAUCCUGGCCUUUCCCAUGUACCUGCUGAACUUUCUGGGCCUGUGGAGCUGGAUAUGCAAGAAGUGCUUCCCCUACUUCUUGGUCAGGUUCACGGUGAUGUACAACGAGCAGAUGGCGAGCAGGAAGCGGGAGCUCUUCAGCAAUCUGCAGGAGUUCGCAGACCCCUCCGGGAAGCUCUCCCUGCUGGAGGUGGGCUGUGGCACCGGGGCCAACUUCAAGUUCUACCCACCCGGGUGCAGGGUGACCUGUGUCGACCCCAACCCCAACUUCGAGAAGUUUUUGAUCAAGAGCGUCGCCGAGAACCGACACCUGCAGUUCGAGCGCUUCGUGGUGGCCGCCGGGGAGGACAUGCGUCAGGUGGCCGACGGCUCAGUGGACGUGGUGGUCUGCACCCUGGUCCUGUGCUCGGUGAAGGACCAGGAGCAGAUCCUCCGUGAGGUGCGCCGGGUGCUGAGGCCGGGAGGGGCUUUUUAUUUCAUGGAGCACGUGGCAGCUGAGCGCUCUACCUGGAAUUCCUUCUGGCAACAGGUCUUGGAUCCCGUCUGGUACCUUCUGUUUGAUGGGUGCAAUCUGACCAGAGAGAGUUGGAAGGCCCUGGAACGGGCCAGCUUCUCCAAGCUGAAGCUGCAACACAUUCAGGCCCCCCUGUCCUGGGAGCUGGUGCGCCCCCACAUCUAUGGGUAUGCUGUGAAGUAGCGGGGGGGGAAGUGCAAGAACUCACAGAACGCAAGGCUUCAGUUUUGCCCUUAAAAUACUGAUUGGAAGAAGGAAACCCCUUGUGUUUAGGUAAAGUUGAAUUUCAUCCUUAAAAUCUUCUAUUAUAUCCUAUUUAGCCAUUUUCUGUUGUCUCCCAAAGAAUUAAAACCCAAACCAAACAAAAAAAA